AUGAACGAUUUGGGUGAUGUGAAUCUAGAAGACGAGAUAAUCCAUAUCGUGGAGCUACCCGGGACGACGGUUCAGUCGACUCUCUCGACUUUUCUCGGGCUGACCUCGCUGGCGGGUUUCCCGCUGGAUGCGGCCGAUGUGCCCAUAUUGAUCAUAAAAAACAACUCUACCUUCAAGGUGCGCCACCGUGGAUUUGGCACUCGGCGAAGUGUGUACAUGGUGGAGGAGACACGUAACUGCCGCUUCGGUGGUUCGGAGCUGCACGUUUGGAUUAUUUACGAACGGCUACCGCGGUAUAAGUCGAAGGUCGGAAGUGCGAGAAUUGCGUAUUUGGUCGAGAAUCUAACCUGUCGCCGCGGGAAGGACAGUAGCGCGAGUCUCGAAAAAAGCAGCUACACGGCCGGCUACUAA